ACUGAAGAAUAGGCUGGACAAAGGCAGACAGACAUUUUCAUAUUCUGGGAUCACCAGAGGGGCCAGCGCUUCUUCAGAAUGGAGUCCUCUAGACUUUUCAGCAUCCUGGUCUUUUCUACUCUUCUAGUGAAUGUCCAGGGACCUGGGCUCACUGACUGGAUCUUUCCCAGGAGAUGCCCCAGAAUCCGAGAGAAAUGUGAAUUCAGAGAAAGGGAUAUCUGUACGAAGGACAGACAAUGUCUGGACAACAAGAAGUGUUGCAUCUUCAGCUGUGGAAGAAAAUGUUUAGACCUCAACCAAGAUAUAUGCUCCAUGCCCAAAGAACCUGGCCCCUGUAUGGCAUUUUUCCAGCGUUGGUGGUACGAUAAGGAGAAGAAUACCUGCUCCAAGUUCAUCUAUGGCGGCUGCCAAGGGAACAACAACAACUUUCAGUCCAAAGCCAUGUGCCAGAACAUGUGCCCCAGCAACCGCGCCAAAUCAUCAGUGCAUAAGGAUGCACCUGAACAACCACCAGGAGUUGGCUCGUGAUCCAAGGCUCUGUCCGUGCUCCUGACCGAUGCUCCAUAUUGGCUUCCACUCUUCAAUUCCACAUUCCAAGGGCUCAGCUCUUCUCCAGGCAGAGUUCUGGGAUCUGCAUUCCCCUUUCUCUACCUCAGCGUCUUUUCACACAUGGUCCCAUU